UUUUCUUCUUGUUCUGUAUUUUCGCGCCACCUGUGGCUGUGGUUGAGAAGAUUGCGCUGAGAAGCGAAAUCCGAAAUAGCACUGUGUGCAUGUCAUCUUGGAACAGCUGAAACUUUUUGAAACAAUGUGUGCAGGCAAUUUAAUACAAAAUAAAAAAUAAGCCCACAGUUGUUGCACCAAUGAUCAACAAGUUGUCAGUGUUGUAAUCUUCGUACAGCUACUAUUUACACAUGUUGGGCACUAUGGACCAUGGCAAUGAAUUGGUUGAACCUGAGACUGAGUUGGACCAGACCGGCCAGACAUCCAGGCCUUUUAUUCAGCAUUUCGAAACCCCUCUGGAUAUCCGGAUUGCCUCUGAAAUGAGUUUAAUAUUUUUUGAUGACAUAAUUACUUGUCAGUUUGAUAACUGCUCUAAGAUGUUUACCACUUCACGUAACUAUCGAUCUCAUAGAGCAAAGUUUCAUCGAAUGUCAGCAUAUUACUGUGUCAUUUGUUGCGCCCCUUAUCCUAAUUAUAAUGAGUUGGUAAAACAUAUUGUAGAAGACGAUCACAAGAUUAUUUGUCCUUACUGCCCCGAGGCUCCCUGUGAGGCUACCUUAAGGAAGUAUUCCUUCUCAAAACCUGCCGACGCUAUAAUACAUUAUUCUAACCAACAUAAGCAGUUCUUGUGUGUUAACUGCUCAACAAGUUUUCGAGGUAAAAUUGCAUUCAAAUUCCAUGUUAAAAAUGAGUGCCAUCAAGACGACGAAAAUGCAGCUUUUGCUGCCUCAUCUUGUGUGGAGACUUCAAUGAACAUCUCCUUUAGUGAGACAAACCCUCCACCUUCUAGCAGUGAUAACAAUGAUGUUCAAAUUGUGGAAGAGCUUCAACGCGAACCUGAAGAACUAUAUUUAUUUACUGACUUGCCAGAUGUCCAUUCUUCAAUGGCAGCUGAAAAUCAGGAAGACAAUAAUUCUGCAACAGAUACUGCUGAAUCUAAUUCACUCACUGGUACAGGUGACAUGCCAGAAAGUAAUGCCAUUGAAACAAUUUCCCCUGUAGACUUUGAAACUCAGUUGCAAGGAGAAUCAUAUCCUGAUUUGGAAAUCUUAAAUCACUGUGUCAUGGGUUCGGGAGGGGAUGAGCUCUCCUGUCCCAACAAUAUAACAGACUUUACUCCCAACAUUUCUACCAUCAGUGACAUUCAAGAAGAUAAUAACCAAUGGAUAGGACAUAAUGUUGAUAUGUAUGCGGAUUUGUCAGAAAAACACAAAAGUACAUUUAAAUAUACUUGUAGGAAGUGUGCGUGCUCUUUUAGGAAAGAAGUGCUGCUUAGAAAACAUGAAAGGACUCAUGAAUAUGCAUGCAAAUAUUGUUCACAGCGAUUCAAUUCACUACCAGAAUACAGAACUCAUUUAAAAGCUCAUAAUAUGACUGAUACACAUUUCCCCUGCUCUGUUUGUGGUCAUAAUUGUGAAGGUCUUAAAAAUUUGAUGAUUCAUGAAAUGCAUCAUAGACUUAAUGCUGCAUUUAAACAAGAGAUUGAAAAUUUUGCUAAUAGCAGUAUUGGGUUGCUUCAGGAGCAGAAUGAGUUAGAAUGUGAAAUAUGCCAGGAACGCAUUUGUGGUAUGUCAAUGUGGCUCAGACAUAAAAUUUGGCAUAGAUGGGUUGGCAUGUGGACAAGCUAUGUUCUGGGACGAAGUUUUCGAGGUACAUUCACCGUGGAAGAUGCUGGUAGACUUAAACAUGAAGUAGAGGCUGAACUUAUUGUUAAAUGGAGGGACUGCCUAAAACGCAAGGAAAUCCCAUCCAAAAGAACAAAUGAUAAAAGGCCUGAAGAUGCUGGAAGCUCUACAGUGGAAAAUCAAAUUGGUGACGAUAUUCUAGACGAUACAUCAACAAUACCAAACUCGGUGGCUGAAAGUGAAAAUGAGUCAGAUGAUGAACCUGAAAGUGAAGGGGUUAGUCAUGCCAUCAAUGGUUGGAUGAGUUACUGGCAGUCCUAUUUAGGUCUUGAUGACAAUCCUCCAUCAUGGGUGAAACCUAUUCUCAAGGAACUGCGCUCUCAAUGGAAAAAAUAUCAUGUUAAUGAACAAGAUCUGCUUUAUCGACAAAUGGAUCAACUAGGAGUUAUGAUUCGUGCUCAAAAGAGUGGGGAUUUGGUGUCAGAAGGGCCUUGGGUUCUUCUUCAAUCAAACCGUCCUUCAGUUGUUCCUCAAAAGAAGGGAAGUAUUAAAAGUGCUAACAGAAACUCCUCAUCUGCACAUCGUGUUACCUCAAGGGCUCGCAAAUCUGCCCCAUCAUCUAAACCAUCUAUACAUUCAGCCAGAUUUCAUUCAGGGUCUAAAGUGAAGAGACUUACCAAUCUUAUCAGUAAAAAGCGUACACCCACUCUUACUAAGUCACCUAGUCAUCAAAGUCAUGCGAAUAGAGAUUCCAAGAGUGGUGUGAGGAAAACUGCUACUUUUAAACGUAGUCGAUUUUCUUUGCCAUCUUGUCGUUCACGCCUGAGAAGUACACAUUCUAAGACUGGUGUAGAAAACAGUCCACUCUUAAAACAGGUUCGACUUUCUCUGCCGUCUCGUCAAUGUGCAUCUGCUGAAAUGUCACUUGGCCAGAGGGAAGUUUUAGAACAUAAUGGUUCUUCAUCACCAAACCUCCAGGGAGAAAGCAGCACAAGUAACUCUCAAGAGUCUUGUCCAACUCCAUUACUGCAGGCAGUUAUCUCUCUUCCCAGGCUCAAGUGGCCACUUCAACGCUCAGCUAGGAGGACUCGAAGGUCUAAUAUUAUUGGUGUCAGGUCAUCCAAUGCUAAUGCGUCACUCGUGUUAUCCCCUCCCUCUUUAUCUUUCGAGCAAACAAUUCAUUUGAUCAAAAGUGAAAUUUCUGAUCACCCUAUUCCACAGUGGGCGGAACAGCUGAUCCAAAAAGUUUGUAACAAUGUUUCAUUUACCCAAACAGAAAAGAAGAAAAAAAUUGAUCAAAUUUUAAGUUUGUUAAAAUCAUAUUAUUUUCACCAUAUGCAACUUGAGCCCAAAGUACGCCCAGUUGUCCUUCUGAAUGGAGUUUAACCUUGGCAGUCAGUCACAGUCUGAUGUGUAUCAAACUGUACAUUUUUAAUAAAAGUGUUUUUUUUU